GCCAAACACCCCAAAUUCUCGUGAACAUCCGCCAUCUCUCAUGCCAUUCUUCGCCCGUCUUUUGCGUGCGGCUCCCCGUCGAGUCAAUUUCCCAACCCCAUCCCGCAGCAUCAGUACAACACCUCUAUGUCGCAGCGACGUUCUAGCAGUUGCAUGAACACCCCUCAAAACGACCCCUCAAUUCCCUUCUCGUUUACUCCGCAAAACCAACAACUCAUCGAUGAAAUUCUCAAACGCUACCCACCCCAAUACCAGAAAGCCGCUGUAAUGCCCCUGCUAGACCUAGGCCAACGCCAGCAUGGCUUUGCCUCAAUCAGCGUAAUGAACGAAGUAGCCCGCAUUCUCGAAAUGCCGCCAAUGCGAGUCUACGAAGUCGCCACCUUCUACACAAUGUACAACCGCGACCCGGUCGGCAAGUACCACCUUCAGGUAUGCACGACUACGCCGUGCAUGCUGUGCGAUUCCGACAGCGUGAUGCAGGCAGUUGAGAAGUUCCUUGGUGUGAAGCCGGGGAAUACGACCCAGGACGGUAUUUUUACUUUUAGCGAGGUGGAGUGCUUGGGGGCCUGUGUUAAUGGUCCGAUGGUUCAGAUUAAUGAUGAUUAUUAUGAGGAUUUGACGGCAGAGAGUGUCACGAAGUUGCUAGAGGCAUUGAAGGCUACGGCAGAUAGUUUACCAGAGCAGGCAGUUACUUGGGAUGCUCCUGCCCCGACCCCAACUCCUGGUCCGAAGGGGGAGGGGAUUGCUGGGACUGACGCGGAGAGUGCUAUUGGUAAACUCCUAGAUAAAGUGGUCAACGGCGUGAGAAUCCCCGCGCCUGGACCGUUAAGUGGGAGAGUGACUUGCGAGCCCGCGUCUAAACUCACUUCGCUGACAGAACCAAAGUGGUCGACAGAGGUGUUUAGGGAGGACUUGUAGUAGUAGAAAUAUCCUGUUGCAGUUGUA